AUGGAUCUUGGUUUUAAUGUAAAAGAAUUUUCAAAAAAUGGAUUAAGGGUUUUAAACACACCAAGUUGUAAUAAUAAAAUAUCAAUGGCCCAUUACACAGCAAUGAGCGAUUUAUAUGACCCUAAAACAAAUAAAAAUGGAUAUAUUAGUUUAGGUAUUGCUGAAAAUGUGUUAUCAUUUGAUGUAAUGAAUGAUAAAUUAAAACAUGACCCAAAUUUUUGUCAAAAACACACUCAGUAUUGUGAUUUGGGUGGUUUUGUAGAGUGUAGAAAAGCUGUUGCUGAUUUGCUUCAAAAUUAUAUUUUCAAAACUAAACCACAAGACCCAAAAAACUCUGUUACAUGGAACCAAGUAUUGGUAUCGAAUGGUGCUACACCUUUAUUGGAAAAUUUAUUUAAUUUAUUUUGCGAUGAAGGUGAGUGUGCUAUUAUACCUUCACCAUUAUUCCCAAAUUUUAUUCCUUUUGCAAAUCAAAGAUUUGGUGUUAAAGUUAUACCAGCAAAAACAGAAGUGUAUGAUAGAGAAAGCAACGAAUUAAUAGAUUUUAAAAUUGAUUUGGAUGUGUUUGAUGAACUAUAUAGAAAAAAUAAAGUAAAAAUGGUAGUUUUAAAUAAUCCAAAUAACCCAACUGGUUUUAUUUUUCCAUCAAAUGAAAUUAAAAAAGUUGUGGAUUGGUGCAGAAAGAAAAGAGUACAUUUACUAAGUGAUGAAAUUUAUGCAUUAUCAAUAUUCGAUCAUCAUGAUGAAGAUAAAAUGCAAGGUGUACUUGAGCAAUCCAAUGGCAGUAGCUUAAUUAAAACCAAUAGUUUCUAUAGUUUAUAUGAUAUUUGCAAAGGUGAUAUGGGUGACUACUGCCAUAUCGUAUCAGGAUUUUCAAAAGAUUUUUGUAUUAAUGGGUUCAGAGCUGGUUAUUUUUACUCUCAAAACCCCAAUGUACUUAAAUAUAUGUUGGUUACAUCAAAUUAUUAUUGCUGCUCUACUCUGGUUCAAUCUGCUUUAAUUAAUAUAAUUUCAGAUAAAAUUUAUUUAGAAAACUAUCUUAAAGAAAAUCAAAAGCGUUUAAAAGAGUCUUAUGAUUUUGCAGUAAAGUAUCUCAACGAAUUUAAUAUCCCAUUUUUAAAAUCAUCAAGUGGUCUUUUUAUUUCAUUGGAUCUAAGAGCAUGUUUACCAUCAUUCCCAAUUGAUGAAAAUGAUAAAUUUUCACAAGAAAUUAAAAUUUGGGAUCAUUUGUUUGAAAAUAAAAUUAUUGUUAAUCCAGGUAAACUAUGCUAUUUCAAUGAUCCAGGUUUCUUUAGAUUAAUCUUUACUUUACCAAAUGAUUUUGUUUAUGAAGGUAUAAAGAGAAUUUCAGAGGUUUAUAAUAAAUUAAAGAAAACUUAA